UAACCAGCUGAUAAGCCUUAUGUUAUGUUGCUUGUUAGAGUUGAAAGGAUAGGUAGGGAUUGUGAUUUAUUUUUUUAAUAAAUUUAUUAUUUUAAUUAUCUGAGUCUUCGUGCCUUUAAAAGUCGAAAUUCCAUAGCUUUGAAAAUUCGUUUUUUCAUCAAUCAAAAUGAAUUUCUUCAGGAAACCGGACCCACAAGAGCAAAUGAAAGCUCAACAAAGAGAUUUACGGCGAGCCUCAAGAGAUGUUGAAAGAACCCAAAGAGAAAUGGAAAGACAAGAGAAACAGUUAGAAAUGGAGAUUAAAAAAGCAGCUAAAGAAGGUAAUAAGCAAGUAUGUAAUAUAUACGCCAAACAACUGGUACAAUUGAGGAAACAAAAAGGACGCUGUUUAGUAGCUAAUUCACAGAUUGGUGCCAUCAGUAACCAAAGUAAAGUCAUGCAAGCCAAUACAAAGCUUGCCGGAGCAAUGGCAACAUCGGCUAAGACUUUAAAAACUGUAAAUCAACAAGUCAACACUGGUGAAAUCAUCAAGACCAUGCGAGACUUUGAAAGGGAAAAUACAAAAAUGGAAAUGAAGGAAGAAUUGAUCGAUGACAGCUUGAGUGCAAUCCUCGAUAAUUCUGGUGAUGAAGCUGAAGAAGACGCAGUUAUCAACCAAGUUCUUGAUGAAAUUGGAAUCGAAAUUACUGGAAAGCUUUCUGAAGUACCAGUUGCAAGAGGAGCUGUUGGCGCAAGUUCAUCCAAAGCUAAAGGAUCACAGAUGACAGAUGAGGAGCUUGAAGCUCAGUUAGCGCGCCUCAAAACAUAAACUAUCCAUUCAUCAAAAUCUCAUAAUCUUGCAGAUUUAUGUUUAUAAAUUGAACGUUAUAUUGUUCAACGCUGAAGAGAAAUUUUUGUUCAUUGAACAACAAAUUUAUUUUGAUUAAAACAAUACAUUAAGGUAUAGUUGGCUUCUGCUAUUUGGAUUUGUUCAAGAGUUAAUCAAAUUGCCAUUGUCGAUGAAGCAAGAUCAAGAUCACAAUGGUGUAUCUUCCAGUUUUAAGUGAAAAUAAAAAGAUAUUUUCUUACCUUGAA